UCCUCCCCUCCGGAACGUGUCCCUGUUCAGCACCACUCAUCCAGCCUCCGGAGCAGAAGCGGCUGCAGCCUCCUGGACGUCCCGGACAGCAGCGAUGUUUUCCUGCAGAGCGGCCUGGCGGAGGUGUGGGCCCGUGGCGCGGACAGCGGCCCAGAGGCUGCCCCGGGACGCCGUGCAGCGGCGGCCCAUGUCCUCGGUUCCCGGGGGGUCCGGAGAGAACAUCCUGUACACGGUGCUGUGCAGCGCCGCCGCCGUGGCGUCCGUCUCAUACGCGUACAGCACCGUGACCUCGGACAACGAACGCUUCAACGAGCGCAUUGAGCAGAUCAAGGCCAGACCCAAGACGGAGUGGGUGCCCAAACCGUGGCCCCCCAAGAGUCAGGAUGAAGAGGAGGGUGGAGAGGAGGAGGAGGCGGCGGCCGAGGCUGCAGAGGAGGAAGAGGCAGCUGGAGGUGAGGCCGAGGCUGAGGCCGAGGCCGGGGAAGAAGCGCCCGCCGCUGCUGAACCAGAGACCGUAGUGGAGGAGGCGGCCGAGGCGGUCGCAGAAGUGGCUGAGGUGGUGGAGGCGGCCGCCGAGGCUGUGGCUGAGGCAGCGCAGGAGGUGGAGGCGGUGGCGGAGGAGGUGGCCAAAGUGGCCGAAGCCGUGGAGGAGGCCGCCGAGGCGGUGGCAGAGCCUGCUGCCGUCGCCGCCGCGGAGGAGGCCGCGGUCGCCGAGCCUGCACCUGUAGAAGAAGCCGCCGAGGUGGUCGCCGAGCCUGCAGCCACGGAGGAGCCAGAAAACAACGUGGUGCUGGCGGCUGCUUCUACUGAACUGAAGAUAGCUGAAGCUGUCCAAGAAGAGCUUCCUGUUCCUGCAGAAGCAAAACCUGAAGAAGAAACCGCACCUGCGUUAUCCCUAGAGGAGACACCUGCACCGGCAGAGGUCGCACCAGCGGUUGAAGAAGCUCCUGCACCAGCAGAGGUCGCACCAGCGGUUGAAGAAGCUCCUGCACCAGCAGAGGUCGCACCAGCGGUUGAAGAAGCUCCUGCACCGGCAGAGGUCGCACCAGUGGUUGAAGAAGCUCCUGCACCGGCAGAGGUUGCACCAGUGGUUGAAGAAGCUCCUGCACCGGCAGAGGUUGCACCAGUGGUUGAAGAAGCUCCUGCACCGGCAGAGGUUGCACCAGUGGUUGAAGAAGCUCCUGCACCAGCAGAGGUUGCAGCCGUUGAACCUGAAGUUACUUCAGCUUUAGCCGAAGAGCCAGUCGCUGCAGAAGUGGUGGAAGAGGUUGCAGCAGCUCCAGAAGUCGUCGUCCCUGUUGUGGAAGAAACGGUUGCCGCACCUGCAGAGACCAAGGCAGAAGAUCCCAAGAGAGAGUACAUUGUGGUUGUUCUGGAAGGCGCUCCUCAAGGAGAAGCCAGACCCAAAGUGCUGGGCGUGGGGCCCAUGACUGGUCGACUGAUCCCAGCUCCAGACGAAGACGACAUCCCUGCCUCUCAGGGUAAACGACGUCUUCUUAGGAUGCAAAUGCAGUAGUUUCUCCAAAGUAAAGAACUCCUGAAUGACGAAGAAGAGGAUGUGCCUUUCUCCAGCACCUUUCUGUCUCCGUUCACCCUGAAACACCAGGGUCAUCCAGUAGUGUUCAAAUACAGACGACAGUUGAAGAUCCACACCUAUCCAGAUGGUUUUCCUCCCCAAAUGGUUCUUUCAGGAUCUGAGAUGUAGUCUGGACUAAACUGAGCCUUUCACUCCACCUGGUUAUCCUCACUGUUACACUUCACUGCCUCAGAAAUCAGUUCAGUGCGUUCUCCGCGACCGCCCAGCCUCCAGUGUUACCUCUUCAGCCAGGGGUUGUUUCCAGUCCUCAGCGUUCUUCACAGUACCCCACCUCAGGUUUGUGUGUUCCUCUGCUUCUCCUGUCGAGUUAGAUCUUGUUUUGUGAAGAACCCGGAGUGAAGGCAGCCCCCGGUAGCUACCUCAGUUUACCUCAUGUCUCCAGUCUUCUCACCACAGACCUUCUAAACGCUGUCACUGAGUUCUACAUGGAGUCAACUUCUAACUAAACCAUCAGAGUGACUGGUCACACCAAUGAGCACAGGUCUUUUCAGAGGUUCACACCGCUCCUGAACACCAGGGGGCAGUGGUGAGUCGCUGUAGUGUCUAGCCUGCCUUUAGUCCGACUGUUGUUAGUAGUUCUUAAAAUCUCUAGGCACUGUUGUGUUUAUUAUUCAGUGUCUGUGAUGGAAAAUGAACUUUUCUUUGUUUCUUUCUGAGCUGAAAACAGGCUAAAUGCUAAAAAUGACUCAUCACACCACCAUGUGGUAGGAAAUGGUAUUACAAGAUGAGACAGAGGAGCUGGUUGGUUAACUUGCUUUGAAAUGACAAUGUUUUUUAUUAGAUUCUUGUCAAGGCUUUAAAAACUUAUUCCAAACGGUCGGUUCUGCAGUGAGAAAUGAGCAGUGUGGGCAGAACUACAGCUGACCUGAGAGAUUUGUACUUUUGGGAGUCAUUCUUUUCUUUUAAUUCUGUCAUUACCUUUUUGACCUCUUCUGUAGUCUUUCUGCUAGUUGUACACACUAAUAAAAUUCUACUGAAUGUGCAAAAACACACGGGACUGAUGGGAAAGAAGGGAACCCAGGUCAAGGUCAAGAUGAUUAGCUUUUUCCUGCAGUUAUUAAUUGUCCAGUUUUUGAAAAUGUACAUUUUUGUGUCGUUUCAUUGGGUAGAAAAUGAGUUUGCAGCACUUUGUUCCUUCACUCUUUCUCCUGCUCGGAUGUGUCAUUUGAAAAGGUGCAGCAAGUGCAAACCGACAGGACGACGACGCUUCAGCGUGGCGUGAAGUGUGUGUGAGUGUGUUUGGGAGGAGUUGUGGGAUGUCUGAAGAAAAGCGUGCGGCAUGAAAUGCUUGGAUGGCUCUCUUCCUUUAGUUCACUCCUGUAGUUGACAGUCGAUGUGGAAUCAGGCCUGGAUCACUGAGGACCGACGUGUGUGUGUGUGUGUGUGUGUGUGUCCAUGAUUUGAACGGGAAGAGGCGCCACCUCCUCGGUGCUCGCAGGCCGGUUUCUGUUAGGAUGCAAGCGUUUGGACACAAUCUGUGAUAUGAUACCAUGUUUCUUGUUUUUCAAAAUAAA